UGCCAACUGUCCAAGUUGUAUACAAAUAAGGUUUAUUGCUAUUUACUUGUUGUUAUUGUUUCCUUUCUUUUAAUAUUUCAAUAUGGAAAGUCAAAAUCUGUGUUUAGAAAUUUCCAAGAAGCUCUCUUUUAUAACAAAUUAAAAAAUUCAACAUAUAAAAUUCAACCAAUUCAAAAUGGACGACAAUUUUAUUUUAAAUGCUCAUUCGGUGAAGACAACAACUAUGUUACAGAAAUUGAUAAUGACGUGGAACAGAAUAUAAAGAUAAAGACUCCUGGUGGUCCUUUUGAUUAUGCAAUCACAAAUAUAAAAUAUCAGGAUCUGAAUGAUUUAGAAUUACAAGAGAUGAAGAAAUAUUCUGGAAAAUGUUCCCAAAAUAUGAAACUUACAAUUAGAAACUCGCAAGCUCAUCUCCUAAAAUUUCAAUUCUUUGAUGACACCAAAUAUAAUCUGAGCAGUUUUGAGGACGGCAUUUGUAACUGUUUAAUAUCAACAGUAUGUCUUGAAGAGAAGGAUUCAAGUAAAAAUUGUAUUGAUACUGGACAGAAAUCUCAUAAUCAAAUCUAUGAUUUAUCGGGUGAAAUCUCUGUUCUAUCAAACAAAUUACCAUUAAUUCAAAUUUCAUAUGGUGAUUUAGACGACUCUGAGGAAUAUGCAAAACAUGUCAUAGGUCCACUGGCAUGUACCUUACCUCGGAUAGAAGUCAUAGCCCCCAGUGGAUGCUUUGGAAGCCUUUUUGCACUACGUGGCAAAGAUACACAUACAUGUGUUCAAUUUCAAAUAUCAACCCUAUCACUUCUAUUGGAUUAUACUGAAAAUUUUAAAAUCUCUGCAAAAUUUAUCCACUCACUGAGCAUAAUAUCCUACAUGAAGACAGAAGAUUCUCAACUGAGGUUAUGCAACGAAAUUCGAAAUCAAACUUUCAUAUGUGAACAAUAUUAA